UUGAUGUAAUUUUCUCUUGUAACGUAUGAACAUUGGGGGCAGAAUACACACAUUGCCCCCCCCCCCUGAGUGAUUAUUGAGGGCGGGGCAGAAAGUGCCUUGCCCCCCUAAAGUCGGUACCACUAUUGCUAGUACCGUACCGUACGCCAGAGGGCGGCUUCACCCCUAAAAAUCCCAAAAACCUCCCAAUUUUGGGACUUUUCAAUUUUAUUUCGAAAACCUUGGAUUACCGUAGGUAUCCAAAAAUAUUUAAUUUUUUACAAAAUCAAAGACAAUAAAAUUUCUAAUAAAUUGAGUGGUCGCGCAGUGCUCCACAAUUUCUGAUUUUGGAGCUACAGAUUUUCAAAAAAGGGUAUUUUUUUGAAAAUUCUGCGAACUCACUACACUUCCACUCUAUACAAUUCAUUAAAUAGAGUAUUAUAAAGUGACGAUGGAAAAUUACAUAUAAUUAUGUCAAAAUACUAGCCUAUUUUAAUUUCUGAACAAGAUUUCUCAGAGAUUUUGAAAUUUAGUGUAGGGGGAUGGGUAUUACUAGCGAAAAUAGAAAACCAUUUCCCACAGUCAAAAUACAAAUUUCUCAUUGUAAUAACCUUCAAGUCAUUCCUAACCGAUCAAACCAAUAUUUUAAUUAAACAUUCAUCUUGCAGUCGUGUGGGGACCUACAUAAUAUGAAGUCUCAUAUAAGACAUAUGUCAUUAGACAUUAUUAAGUCUAAUGUAUCACCCACCCCCAAAAUAUUUAUGAAUUGGGACUUUGGGCACUCCUGACAAAGUACUUUUCUAAGCUUUAUUAAACCAGUUUCCUUUCUUUUUGAAGGUGAAGUCUGAGCCAGGGGAUUCGAAUGAAUGGCCAGAAGACAUGGCAGACAUAAAAUAUGAGAUGAACAUAGAACACAGCGUGCCCUGGCUUGGAAAGCAGGAGCCUCUUGAUGAACAACAGGUGAAGUCUGAGCCAGGGGAUUCGAAUGAAUGGCCAGAAGACAUGGCAGACAUAAAAUAUGAGAUGAACAUAGAACACAGCGUGCCCUGGCUUGGAAAGCAGGAGCCUCUUGAUGAACAACAGGUGUCAUCCAUUCCUGUAAACGUGGAGAAAACAAUCCCAAAUGAAGUCAUAGACGUUGAAAACGGAGACAUGGAGAAAGUGCGACCUUCGAACAAAGAGACAAUAAUUCUACCCACACCAUAUGUAAAACUGUAUCGCAUCGAUGUGCUGGAUAGAAUUGCCAGAACCUUCCACCAAAAGCAGAGCUCAAAUAAUGAUUAUAUGUCAUCAUCAGAUUGUAGUGGUAAUGAUUCUUAUGAAGUAACUGAACGAAUCAGUGAAGGGGAGACUGAAAAUUAUGAAAUGGAAGAAGAGGAAGAAGAAGAAGAAGAAGAAGAAGAAGAAGAAGAAGAAUACAACGCUAACAACGACGAAAAAGCAGAACAAGACACAAAUGAAGGAGAGGUCAAAUUAAGAGAAAAAAUAGUAGAUGGAGAUGGAGACAAAGAAGAAAUUCUAUCACACAAAACUACUGUUGAAAAACCACAUCAGUGUACAGUUUGUACAAAAAGGUUCACUCUGUCUAGUAGUUUGGCUGUUCAUAUGCGCACUCACACUAAAGAGAAGCCUUUCCAGUGUACAGUCUGUACAAAAAGGUUCACUGUGUCUAGUAGUUUGGCUGUUCAUAUGCGCACUCACACUAAAGAGAAGCCUUUCCAGUGUACAGUCUGUACAAAAAGGUUCACUGUGUCUAGUAGUUUGGCUGUUCAUAUGCGCACUCACACUAAAGAGAAGCCCUUCCAGUGUACAGUCUGUACAAAAAGGUUCACUGUGUCUAGUAGUUUGGCUGUUCAUAUGCGCACUCACACUAAAGAGAAGCCUUUCCAGUGUACAGUCUGUACAAAAAGGUUCACUGUGUCUAGUAGUUUGGCUGUUCAUAUGCGCACUCACACUAAAGAGAAGCCUUUCCAGUGUACAGUCUGUACAAAAAGGUUCACUGUGUCUAGUAGUUUGGCUGUUCAUAUGCGCACUCACACUAAAGAGAAGCCUUUCCAGUGUACAGUCUGUACAAAAAGGUUCACUGUGUCUAGUAGUUUGGCUGUUCAUAUGCGCACUCACACUAAAGAGAAGCCUUUCCAGUGUACAGUCUGUACAAAAAGGUUCACUGUGUCUAGUAGUUUGGCUGUUCAUAUGCGCACUCACACCAAAGAGAAGCCCUUCCAGUGUACAGUCUGUACAAAAAGGUUCACUGUGUCUAGUAGUUUGGCUGUUCAUAUGCGCACUCACACUAAAGAGAAGCCUUUCCAGUGUACAGUCUGUACAAAAAGGUUCACUCAGUCUGGUAGUUUGACUGCUCAUAUGCGCAUUCACACCAAAGAGAAGCCCUUCCAGUGUACAGUCUGUACCAAACGGUUCACUGUGUCUAGUAGUUUGGCUGUUCAUAUGCGCACUCACACUAAAGAGAAGCCUUUCCAGUGUACAGUCUGUACAAAAAGGUUCACUGUGUCUAGUAAUUUGGCUGUUCAUAUGCGCACUCACACUAAAGAGAAGCCUUUCCAGUGUACAGUCUGUACAAAAAGGUUCACUCAGUCUGGUAGUUUGACUACUCAUAUGCGCACUCACACCAUACUGUGAGCCUUUUCAAAUUGUAAAGAUACAUCUUUUAAACCAUUCUUAACAUGCUCUGAUACUUUAUUUCUAUGUGGUUUUCUGUUCCACUUAUUAAGAAUAACUAGUAAACUUCCUCCUACAAGGAAAAUGUGCUUGCACGCACAUCUUCCUUUUUAGAUUUGUUUAUCUUACUAUGUGUCAAUCUCUGUUUAUUAAGUGAUCUUUCAAGCAGGGAUACCUAUAAUGGUGGUGGGGGGAUUUGCGUCCGUGAAAUCUUGGAGGGGCGGAUCUUCAAAAUGGUUGUCAUCAGAAGAUGAAGACAACAAUCCUUUUCCUAGAAGAUACGUUUUACUAAUCUUGUUCUCAAUUAUCUGAAGGGAUUAAUAACAUUUUUCAACAAUAAGUUGGGAAAUGAAAAUGUAAUUCAAAUAUUAUUUUAAGAUUUCUUGCCAAUUGGAUAAUUCUCGACUUGUAUAUGUAAGCUUAAGAAUAUUUAGGUUAAUUUGUAUUACUAUUAUAAUUUUCAAUGAGAAGGAAAUUUAGAAUUAUUGUAUUCUCCAAAUAGUGCAUGAAGUAAUUUGUUGGACUAAACUCCAGAUCUGCUGAUUCUUGAACAAAAAUGUUGAGCUUCAAGUUUCCUAGCAGUAUAAUCACUAUAAUUUAAUAACACGAAUUAGACAAAGACUUAAAUUAGACAAAGACUAUAUUCCACAAUAUAGCCAUUUCGACUCUCAGAGAAACUUGCACUUCAUGUCAAUAAAGUUAUACAACUCCACACCAGACAAAUUGAAGUUACUAGCAUUCACUCAAUUUUAAAAUAAAAUAUGUAUUAGUUGAUGAAUGUUUGUGCACAGUAGAUGAUUUAUUUUCUAUAAACUGGGAACCAUUUAUCUUAUGAUAUUGCAUUUUUGGAUUGAAUUGAACAUAUAAUGAGUAACUUGUGAUCUAUGUUUUACAUGACUUGUUAAUUUCAUAUUUGUAUUUUCAAGACUGCCUAAUGAAUAAUUAUAGUGAUUUGAAAAGGAUGUAUUUUGACGAAGCUAUGUAUUUUUUGUAGAUAUUGAAUUACUAAUAAAUUUCUAUUCUAUUCUAGUAUUAAAUAAUAAUAAUAAUAGUGAUUAACUUUUUAUUUUCUAGUAGUGAUUACUUCAAAAAUGUUUUCAAGUUGUAAAUUUUUCUUGUGUAUAAUAGUAUAUAAAGACAACAAGAUCAAUAAGUCAGGUCUAUGUCACCAAUCAAAAUGUUAGUUAAUAAAUUUAAUAUAUUGUAAUUAUUCAAAAUGGACAAUAUUAUGCAUUUUACUUUUAUCAAGAAAUAAUAGUUGCAUGAAUGAUGAAGUCUAUCAAAUAGUACCUUUUAAUUAUGUAUAUUUGAUCUUUUAUUGUAUUCCGUAUUAUAGUUUCUACUAUUGCUUUCAAGAAAAAUGUAAAUUUGUUUGCAAUAUAUUUUGUAAAGCACAGAUAUUUUAGGGCUGUUGUACACUGUGUAAAUUUUAUAAUACAUCUACAAUUCUAUUUAUAGGGGUAGCUCUGUUGUAAAAAUAUAGUGGUAGAUUCCAUAAUAGAUAGCCAUAUUGAAUCCAACGAAAUGAUGCUACAAAUAAAACUCAAGAUUGUUCAAUAGA